UGUUAGUAAUAUCUUACCUAAUCGCCGUAGAUCCCGAUCGCUUCCCCCUUUGAGAAGAUAGCUUAUGUGUCAUAGCACUUUUGCACCAAACCGGAGUGGGGAAUGACAUCUUGUAGCAUGGGAUAAACCUAGUACUUGGAGACUUAUGGGAUACCAUUCAUGUGGCCAAUUGCCAAUAUUGUAGCCUUCCUUGGUUCAAUCUGAUAUGUGGCAUAUCACGUGACAUGGACCGUGGGGGGCCUAUUAAUACUCUAUUCAUGACCCACGGAUACUACACCUAAUCAUUCCUCCACAUUUAGAACUCAAUCUUAUCCGAUUACGCUAGACUGAAUGAUCAAUAGCUUAGUGUCCUAGUAUGGCCGCUGAACUUUCCCAACGUCAGUCUGUUGCUCCUGAAAGCCAGACUGAGGCAACCGCAUUAUUAGCAGUUUCACCAAACUCCGAAGAGACUAUCAAUGGGCCUCAACAAGAUGACCUAGAAGGAGACGGCUCAUCUAAGUAUGGCAGCAUAGGCUACUCGGAUUCUCCCCAUGUUUUCACUCGCCGCUUUUGGUGGUUUUGUUCUUUGGGCUUGGCUGCGUUGAUAGUAUUACAAUUGACAUUUUUGCCGAGAACGUCGUUGAGUCGGGACUACAGAAGAUAUCAUGGAAUUCACCUUACCAAGUCCGAGGUCAAACGCAACUUUUUGGUAUUUGCUGGCAUUGGAAAUUCCCACGGUAGUUUGACGACCGAGCAACACAUUCUAAAGUGGCUCCAAACGUUUAGUAAAAUCCAUUCCGAGAGCAAAAUCAACACAUUAGGAAGUAAUAAUCAUAAACUCACAUCCUUUGUCGAAUCUCAGUUUAAGCAGUUCGGAUUCAAAACCCAUAGCUACUCCUAUGACGUUCCUUUGCUUAAGGUUCCUGAAAGUCUGGAAUUGACUUUAGUUGACUCCAAAAGUGGCAGACAACUAUACAUUGCAAAAUUACUUGAGCCCAACUCUGAAACACCAGCUUUUCACUCUUUUGGGGCAAAUGGAACCAUUGAUAGCGAUUACAUUUAUGCUAAUUCGGGUGACACCGAGGAUUACGAGCUAUUGGUGAAGCAUGGGUUUGAAAUUGCUAAAAAGGUGGUGAUAGUCAAGACAGAAUUGAAUUCCAAUAUUAGUAUUGCGGAGAAAGUCCAGAUUGCACAAAAGUUUGGAGCUUCCGCAUUCAUCAACUACUACGACUUUGAAUCUUACGAGAAGGCCAACGAGAAGAAGCUCGAUUGGGCUAUUUCAAGGAGCAGUUUAGGAAUGGGAUCACUUCUGCACUUUCACACCCCCAAAAUAGUAUCUAUCCCUGUCAGCCUAAAUGCACUCAAACCAAUACUUGACACUUUCAAAGAGACUAUUAAGAACGACGACUUCAGUGACUGGGACUUUCACCCACUGAAAUCAUCUAAUAAUUUACAUCUUCACCUUUCUACCACCUUCAAUGGGCAAUCCAAAGGUAAAGCUACCAAUAUUGUUGGCACUCUCAAGGGUAUUAUAAACGAUGGUGACAUUAUUAUUGCAUCCAAGAGAGAUUCAUUGACUUCAUCAAAUCCUUCAAGUGGCCACGCAGUUUUGUUUGAAAUAAUGAGAAAUUACCAGAGAUUAGUCAAGCUAGGCUGGAAACCGUUGAGGAACAUCAAGUUUAUCAGCUGGGAUGGUUCAUCAGAUGGAAUGAUUGGUAGUCAACUUUUUGUGAAUGACACUGUUGCUUUCGACGCCAAGCGUCCUAUCCUUAGUUAUAUCAACAUAGAUGGUGAUUGCAUUAUUGGAAGUAAGUUGCAUGUUGAUUCCAAUCCGUUCUUCAACCACAUUUUGAAGCUGACGUCCAAGUUUGUACCCAUUCCAAAGGGCUCUACAUCCUAUAAGAAUCUUCCAGAAACAGAAACCGAAGGCAUACUUCGCGAUCUAAACAUCGAGGAUGACACGGACGAUGAAGAACCUUUUGAAGAUCAUGACUACGAAGAAAACUAUACAACUUUGCAUCGUUACUGGAUGAAGCAAGAUAACGGUACUAUCAACAAUGUUCUAGGACAGGAGCUCAAAUUUUCAGAUGCAGGGAUUUUUCAAAAUCAUCUUGUGGUUCCGCUGAUCAAUAUUAGGUUUGACAAUGAUAUUAAGAGAGAAUCCUCAGUCUACAUUCCAAACUCAAACUACUAUUCUCUCAAUUGGUUGACUGAUAGACACAUAGAUACAGACCUUAUCCUCCACGGUCUGUUGAUUAGAUACAUUGGCUUACUAGGCAUAAAUCUUAGUGAACAUGAAGUGGUGGAUUACAAAGCACGGUCCUAUUUUGAUUUCAUCCGAAAGCUGUUGGAUUCAUUCUUUGGCGACAAUGAACAAAUCUUGGAUGAAUGGAAGAAUAAACAGGUAGGGCAAUACUUAUUAAGUAAAUGGUCCAUUUUCAAAGAUAUUCAGAGAAGUUAUCCUGAAGUGGAAGAUGUUAGGUUGAAGGACCUUAUUGCCCAGAUAAAAUUGCUUGUCAAAGAUUCAUACAAUGAUACAAUUGCUACCGAUAAGUAUAACAAACAUGUUCAAAGCAACUUAAUCAAAGACUAUCCAUGGUAUAGUUAUUAUAAGAAGGUGGGUCACUUUUCACAAUUCAAGUUGGCUAAUUAUAAGCUGUUGCAUUGGGAAAAGAACCUUAAAUUGGACACUAAGGAUUAUCAAUAUUUGGGAGUGAAUGAGAGCUUUUACUCAAAUUUGCUUUAUGGCGUGCCCGGUUUUGAUAUCGGAAAAAACUCAACUUACUUGAAUCAGAGAUUCAAGCUUAGCACAUUCACUGGCCUUCGUGAAUCGGUAAAUGAGAAAGAUUAUGAGCUUACUGUGAAAUGGUUGGUAGUACUUUAUGACAAAUUACGGAAUAUUAAUUGGCUAUUAUGAUGGGUAAUUUUGCUUGGGAGCAUUUCUUUUCUUAGUUUUUAGCGGGAAGUUUUUAUUUAUGGAAUGGACGAUGAGCUGGUUUUUGAUUUACUUAUUGUUGAAAUGAGUGUUGUAAGAUCUAUGGUAAUAGCUUUUAUAUUGACUUCAAAUUGGGGAUAAUUAUAGCAAGCAA